AUGGCAUUUGAAAAGAUCAAGGUGGCCAAUCCCAUCGUUGAGAUGGACGGAGAUGAGAUGACACGGGUCAUCUGGCAAUUUAUCAAGGACAAGCUGAUCUUACCUUUCGUGGAGUUGGAUAUAAAGUACUUCGACCUUGGCCUUCCCCACCGGGAUGCUACAGAUGACAAAGUAACUGUUGAAAGUGCAGAAGCUACUCUUAAGUACAAUGUAGCAAUUAAGUGUGCUACCAUCACUCCUGAUGAAGGUCGUGUGAAGGAGUUUGGUCUGAAGCAGAUGUGGAAGAGUCCAAAUGGGACAAUUAGAAACAUUUUGAAUGGCACUGUCUUUAGAGAACCAAUUCUCUGCAAAAAUGUUCCCCGACUGGUUCCAGGUAAUAGCUAUUCCAUUUUAUUUCUGAUUUUACNUGGAAAGCUAAAGUUGGUGUUUGUUCCAGAAGGGAAGGAUGAAAAGACAGAAUUAGAGGUUUUCAACUUCACUGGUGAGGGUGGUGUUGCUCUCUCCAUGUACAACACUGAUGAGUCCAUUCGUUCCUUUGCUGAAGCUUCAAUGAACACUGCAUACCAGAAGAAAUGGCCAUUGUAUCUUAGCACAAAGAAUACCAUUCUCAAGAAAUAUGAUGGAAGAUUCAAGGACAUUUUCCAAGAAGUUUAUGAAUCAAACUGGAAAUCCAAGUUCGAGGAAGCAGGGAUAUGGUAUGAGCACCGCCUGAUCGAUGAUAUGGUUGCAUAUGCUCUAAAGAGCGAAGGAGAGUAUGUUUGGGCUUGCAAGAACUAUGAUGGGGAUGUUCAGAGUGAUUUCUUAGCUCAAGGUUUCGGAUCUCUUGGGCUGAUGACAUCAGUUUUGGUGUGCCCGGAUGGAAAGACCAUUGAAGCUGAAGCAGCCCAUGGAACUGUCACACGCCACUAUAGAGUUCACCAAAAAGGAGGUGAAACCAGCACAAAUAGCAUUGCUUCAAUCUUUGCUUGGACUCGGGGGCUUGCACACAGGGCAAAAUUGGACGAUAAUGCUAAGCUCUUGGAUUUCACUGAGAAAUUAGAAGCAGCUUGUAUUGGUGUAGUAGAGUCUGGAAAGAUGACCAAGGAUCUUGCCCUUAUCCUCCAUGGAUCCAAGCUCAGCCGAGACAACAAAACUUUCUUGCUAAUUAUAAGCGUCUGGAAUGUCUCGAACGAAAAUUAUCUGGUGGUUGGGGAUUUGCCAAGAAAUGAUUGGGUCACGGAAAGGUCUUGA